AUGGAGGAAGGGAGUAUGUUCUUUGAUGCAUCAGCUCACAUGUUGUUCGAGGCGAGCGGCGACUCCGAAGCCGCGUAUUUCGACGCCGCAUUCGAGCAGGAAUCCGACGCGGCGGCGGUGAAGGAGGAUGAUGCGCAGUCGUGCAGCUACAGCUCGUCGUGCGAUAACACGGCGCGGCUGCAUGAGGCCGUUGACGGCGGCGAUGAUAUUCGCAGCGUGCAGUUUGAUUACUGCAGUGGGGAUGAUGAGGACGACUACGGCGGAGGAAGCGACGAAGAGGACGGCGUCGUCGAUCAAUGCCGCCGCCGGAGCCGGAACUCUGCGGCGGAGCCGGCGAAAUCGAAGGGCUGUGAAGAAUCCAAUGUGAUGAUGAUGAAUGAGAGAGAGGGGGAUAGGCUGUUUUGGGAGGCGUGUUUGGCAUCUUAG